AAAGGUUUCAAGGUGUCCCAGCCAGUCUUGAAUUUUAGCACUAAUUGGACUAGGUAUGCCGCCCCGCCACAUGCAGCACAUGACUAUGACAGCAUUUUAUGAUCUCUAUGUGCUGUGGUGCAAGGGAAACCACCAUGAAGAUGAUGUGGCCAAAAUGGGAUGCUUUUCUCAGAUCUAUGAUCAGUGGAAGCAGUUGCUCCAAUUUCGUGAAGUUUCUCAACAUGUGUCCUUACAGCAUGAGCGGGACCAACUUGAGCAAGCACAAUCUAUUCAUGUGCGGAACACCCGCAUGUACAGGACUACACAAACACGAUUGAACUCGCUGUCAGAGCAAUCUGUGCAGCAGGGCUCUUCUGAUUGUUGUGUGCUGAAGUUGGAUAUAGUUGUGGAGUGCUACUUUGUCUUGGAGCCUGAUGUCCCCAAAGACAGCUCUACAGAGGUGACUUGCAUCAUGAAGGCACUGGACCAUGCGGCAGCAAUACUCAAGAGCAGAGGAUGUCCUAUGCCGCCCCAUCUCAUCAUUGAGGACUUUGUUGAUAUCAUCAAAGCAAAGGUCCAUCCAGUGCGCAAUCGAGAGUUGAGGGCUGAAGUGCUCUUUGGGAGCUUGGACAUCAAGUCUUACUAUGACCAGCUGGGCCUCUAU